AUGGCAGAAGCGGAUCUUAAAAUGAUCACGGAACCUGCCGCCCAGGGGGUUGCUGAAGAAGAGAUGGCUAGCUCAGCUAGUGAUUCUGGGGACGAAUCUGACAGCAGUAGCUCUAGCAGCAGCACUAGCAGCAGCAGCAGCAGCACUAGCAGCAGCAGCAGCGGCAGCAGCAGCAGCAGCGGCAGCAGCAGCAGCCACAGCCGCUUGUAUAGAAAGAAGCGGGUACCUGAGCCUUCCAGAAGGGCGCGGCAGGCUCCCUCGGGGACAAAUUUCGUGGAUAGGCUGCCCCAGGCAGUUAGAAAUCGUGUGCAGGCCCUCAAGAAUAUUCAAGAUGAGUGUGACAAGGUAGAUGCCCUGUUCUUAAAGGCAAUUCAUGAUCUUGAAAGAAAAUAUGCUGAACUCAAUAAGCCUCUGUAUGAUAGGCGAUUUCAAAUCAUCAAUGCAGAAUAUGAGCCUACAGAAGAAGAAUGUGAGUGGAAUUCAGAGGAUGAGGAGUUCAGCAGUGAUGAAGAGGUGCAGGAUGACACUCCUAGUGAAAUGCCUCCCUUAGAGGGUGAGGAAGAAGAAGAAAUGCCUAAAGAAAACUCUGAGGUGAAGAUUGAAGAAAAUGAAGUUCCUAAAGAAAUUCCUGAGGUAAAGGAUGAAGAAAAGGAAGUUCCUAAAGAAAGUCCUGAGGUAAAAGCUGAAGAAAAGGAACUUCCUAAAGAAAUUGUUGAUGUAAAGCCUGAAGAAAAGGAAGUUCCUAAAGAAAUUCCUGAAAUAAAGGGUGAAGAAGCAGAUUCUACAGAUUGUAUGGAAGCAACUCCUGAAGAAAAAGAAGAUCCUAAAGAAGCCCUCCAGGCAAAGGCAGAACAGGAAGAACAACCUAAAGUAACAGAGCCAAAGGCAAGGUCUGCAGUAAGAGAGGCUCAUAAAAGAGUUCCUGAGACAAGGCCUAAAGAAAGAGUGAAUAUUAAAAGAGCUCGGAAGGGGAAACCUAAAAGAGAAGAUCCUAAAGGCAUUCCUGACUACUGGCUGACGGUUUUAAAGAAUGUUGACAAGCUUGGGCCUAUGAUUCAGAAGUAUGAUGAGCCCAUUCUGAAAUUCUUGUCUGAUGUUAGUCUGAAGUUCUCAAAACCUGGCCAGCCUAUAAGUUACACCUUUGAAUUUCAUUUCCUACCCAAUCCAUACUUCAGAAAUGAGCUGCUGAUGAAGACAUACAUAAUAAAGUCAAAACCAGAUCACAAUGAUCCCUUCUUCUCUUGGGGAUGGGAAAUUGAAGAUUGCAAAGGCUGCAAGAUAGAUUGGAGAAGAGGAAAGGAUGUUACUGUGACAACCACCCAUAGUCGUACAACUGCUACUGGAGAAAUUGAAAUUCAGCCAAGAGAGGUUCCUAAUGCAUCAUUCUUCAAUUUCUUCAGCCCUCCUGAGAUUCCUAAGAUUGGAAAGCUGGAACCACGAGAAGAUGCUAUCCUUGAUGAGGACUUUGAAAUUGGUCAAAUUUUACAUGAUAAUGUCAUUCUGAAGUCAAUCUAUUAUUAUACAGGAGAAGUCAAUGAUACCUACUAUCAAGAUGGCAGAGAUUACGUAAAUAGGAAAUACCGAAAAUAA